AUGUUUCAGCCACGAGUACUGGAUUGCCUGCAUUCGAUGUGUGAGGAUUGCAUCAUCGCACAGCUGGAUGGACAUCGAGAUGGUGAAUCGAAUCAUGUCAGUGCAGCGCUUUCGACCGAUUUCGAAUUGGAAGGGACCUGCGAAAUGCGGCCACCACCUCCUGGUGUGAUCAGAUGCGCUGCUUGUUUUCAGGUAUCACGGUUCUCGAUCGCUUCUUGCGCUUGGAUAAGAGAGAGCCAUGUUGGGAACGAUGUUCGCUUCGUGAAUCACAUGCUUCAGGAUUUUGUUCGUUUGCAUGAAGAGGAAAGUGUUAGCGUCACAAAAGGCUCCCGCAGUUGUCGUUCCUGUAAAAGCGAGCAGCUUGCAAUGGCCGUAUGUAAGGAGUGUGCUUCCGAUCUGUGCAAAAACUGCUAUCAGGCGCAUCGGGACAUGAAACUGUUCGAAGGGCAUACGGCGUUGACGUACGCGGAACUGGCACAGAAUCCAUCGGAGCUACCGCGUGAUCCGGUGAUGUGUGUACUGCAUCCUCAAAUGCCGUAUGCAUUGCUCUGUUCCAGUUGCGAAGCACCAAUCUGUGGGCAAUGCCAUGCGGAGCACUCGGAUGCAAAAAGCACCGAAGAUAUAUGCAGUUGUGUACCAGCACGACAGCGUAUGUUGGCGGAACAGUACGAAACAAUCAAAGGUGAAAUCGUGGAAGCUUUCAGCGAGUACCAUAAAGCACUGGAUGCGGUCCAGGAGGAAUUCUUGCAUAAGCUGGAUAAGCUUCGUGAUGAGCAGGAGACCGAUUUGAACAACCUUAAUAAGCGAGUCAAUAAAACAACUGUGAAAAUUGCCGAUGCGAUCGCGUAA